AGCCCUGCUGAUGGGCGAAGACACUGACGCCACCCCGACGCUCAACCACCACGGCUUCCUCCCCGACCACAACUAUGUGACUGAAGGGCUGCUCCUGGCUAUAGCCUGAAGAGCUCCGCCCAUCCUGUCCACCCCUCUCCACCCUGGAGUCCUCCCCCAGGAUGUUGAGCCCCAUCCAGGUCCUGUGCUCCGACAUCACUACCCUUUCUCUGGAGCCUGAGCCGUUUGCCUCUUACACUGAAGCCGAUAUCAUCUCCACUGUCGAGUUCAACCACACCGGAGAGCUCCUGGCCACAGGGGACAAAGGGGGCCGUGUGGUCAUUUUUCAGAGGGAACCUGAGAGCAAAAAUGAGCCAUUUUCCCAGGGAGAGUACAACGUGUACAGCACCUUUCAGAGCCAUGAGCCUGAAUUCGACUACCUUAAGAGUUUGGAAAUCGAGGAGAAGAUCAAUAAGAUCCGAUGGCUGCCUCAACAGAAUGCUGCACACUUCCUCCUCUCCACCAACGAUAAGACUAUUAAAUUGUGGAAGGUGAGUGAAAGAGACAAACGGCCAGAAGGAUACAACCUGAAGGAUGAGGAAGGUCGCAUCAAGGACGUCUCCACAGUCACCUCCCUGCAGGUCCCAGUCUUGAAGCCCAUGGACCUGAUGGUGGAGGUGAGCCCUCGACGAGUGUUCGCCAACGCCCACACGUACCACAUCAACUCCAUCUCGGUCAACUCCGACUACGAGACCUACAUGUCAGCUGACGACCUGAGGAUCAACCUCUGGCAUCUGGACAUCACCGACCGCAGCUUCAACAUUGUUGAUAUCAAACCAGCCAACAUGGAGGAUCUGACAGAGGUGAUCACAGCAGCUGAGUUCCACCCCCACCACUGCAACCUGUUCGUUUACAGCAGCAGCAAAGGCACCCURCGUCUCUGUGACAUGAGGGAAGCAGCGCUCUGCGACAAGCACUCCAAAUUGUUUGAGGAGCCGGAGGACCCCAGCGCUCGCUCCUUUUUCUCAGAAAUCAUCUCCUCUGUGUCGGACGUGAAGUUCAGYCACAGCGGCCGCUACCUGCUCACCAGAGACUACCUGACAGCCAAAGUCUGGGACCUGAACAUGGAGAGCAAGCCCCUGGAGACAUACCAGGUACAUGAUUACCUCCGCAGCAAGUUGUGUUCCCUGUAUGAGAACGACUGCAUCUUUGACAAGUUUGAGUGCGCCUGGAAUGGAUCAGACAGGUAAAUAUUAUAUACAGUAUAUA